CCUCACAAAUUGAUCUUAAGAGAGAAGAGAAAGUGCAAGAUGCCAGAGACGACGAUUCCUCCACCUCCCUUGGCUGCGCGCCCGGCGAAACCUGUUAGUGAGGCGUUGUUGAAUGAGAAGUGGGAUCGCUGUCUCUCCUCCCUCCUCAUCCGCUCCUCACUUGGCCUCUCCUUCGGCGUCGUAUUCAGUGUCCUAUUAUUCAAGAGAAGAGCUUGGCCUGCGUUUGUUGGGUUGGGAUUCGGGGCUGGAAGGGCGUACGAAGAGUGCAAUGGGAGCUUUUUGAGGGAGGGAAGAAAGGAGGGUAUCAGGACUGUUAGACCUUGAGUGAGCUGGGAAGGAGAGGUCUUUCUGUCUUUGAGUGGGGCUGGCAGAGAAUGGAGAAGACAGCAGGUUGGAGAAAGAAUGUAUGAUUGUACAAAACGAGUUACAUGGGUUAGGAUGAGAGAAGAAGAGAAGUAAUAUAUUCAUCUCUUGCUGAAUUUCUGGAUGUGUGAUUAUGUUCAUGCUCUAAGAACGAGCUACACCUUUCUUUAGGGAGUGGAUCUUUGUAAUCGCUAAAUGCAAUGAUUUG